AUGUCGUUCGUUGUCGCUCAACCUGUGAGGGGGAACUUAAAAGAUCUCGGCGAAUACUUCGACAAAAAAGUAAAAGAAAGACAAAAGAUUAAAUCACCAUGCAAUUACAGACAAGAAAUGUUUUGUCGCUCAAGCUGUAAAAUGGAUGAACUAAAAAGAAUCAAAACUUUCAGUAAGAGGAGUAAGUAAAGUUUUUACCUCACCGGAAUCUUAAAUAACAGAAAUCACUUUAUAAAAUAAAACAAGGUUACAUCCAAUUCAGUGGACACCAAACUAUACUAGACACUUGAAUUAGUCUAAGCGUGCAAUUUUUACACUUAAUUUAGACAUCUUAAACAAAAUAUCCCUUAAUAAAACAAAAAAAGAAAGCUCUCCUUCAAGCACACUGCAUUUGUUACCUUUUUAUGUGACAAAUAUAUAUACAUAUAUAUAUCUAUAUCCCUUUCCAAACUAGUCAUAAAACAAGUCAGGCUAUACUUACCGGCGCCGGGCGAAGUCUGUCAGUCGCGCCUAGCGUGCUAUCAGAUCUUCGAACGCUGUUUUGCUCUGGAAGAUAAAAUCAAGAAGUCGCCGUUGUUACGUAUGGAGGGCGAGCUAUUUCGUUGACACUUUAAAUUUUAACAGGGAAAGUAAAAGACUUGGCGCAUGCCCUCACUGUAAAGAAAAGCAACAUGAAUGUAACGGAAACUAAGGACAAAGCAUGUCGCUUGCUUCCGCUCAACCUUCGAAGCGGAACUUAUAAUGCAUAAGAUCUCGGCGAAUGCAAGAAAGACAAAAACAUCUUGCUCCCAUAAUAGUAUUUCAAAUACAGGUAACACGUAAAGCGAUUUACGUUCAUUGCUAACUUACAUGUAUGCUAACCUGCCAGGAGAGACCAAAGUUCUGACCAACAAACUCGCCUUUGCGGGUCAUGAAAAGAAUCAACCGAAUGCAUAAAAGGUAAACAAAAUGAUGCAUGAAUAAAAUUUACACAGAGGGAAAAAACCCGUCAAUUUUUGUUGCUCAACUUGCAAAAUGGAUGAAGUUUUAAAAAGAUUAAAAUCUUUUUGAGGGAAUAUCUGUACCUUCCCGAAACUUCAUGUUAAAAAUAUCACUAUGAAACGAAAACAAGGUGAUAUCCAACUUGGACGCAAAACCAAAAAGUUUGAAUUAAGCUGCAAUCAAGCUGAAUCAAAGGAAUGAAGCUCUCGAAAUCUUUUGUUGAUGAAGAGCCUCCCAAUAUUUAGGAAUCGCAAUGAAAGAAAUCUUAAUUUGUCCUGCCUCUUAUCAUCAACAAGAAAUCGUUUCCCUUUCCGAGAAGAAGAGAGAAACAAGCAUCUCUCUCUUCUAAUUUCCUAGUUGACCGACAUGUCAAGAACGGGAACUGAAUUCUUGAGUCUUAAACUAAGAAGUAAAUAUGGUUAGAUCAACGUACUCACCAUAAACUCUCUCACUAAAAGUACCGAAAGGAAAGUGAAAUUGAAAAAUCUGAGACUGUCCCUGCAUUCUAAGAAACAAAGCCUCGAGUGAUAAUGAUUCCCGGAACGAAAUGCCCUAGCCCUUGAUAUAACAUGCAUGACGUGUCGCGAGGCAGUAUGCCUACUGAUGAAUUUUUAUAUCGUUUGGAACUUUCAUACCAGGUGCACCCAACAACUUUUAUCAGUAAAAUUUUUUGGAAGGAGCAAAUAUUGACUAGAAAUCUCUAAAACUUGGGAAAGGCUAGCCUGUUCCCAUAUCCUCCAUUUUUUCUUUUAAGAGCGUGCGUAUGAAAAUAGAAAACGUGGCGAUUUAUUGACCGCAAGCGAAUAUUGAGAAUUUUUCUUUUUUUUUUUACUAGCUUACCUACGAUUUUCGGAUGUUGAGUUUUUCAAAUUUAUUGCCAAGAUAAAGCGAUUAUUGUUAAAAAUGGUUUCCUUAAAAUUUCUGCAUACGAAAAACGUCCACAAGAAUCCUAUAAUGAAAGUAUGGACAAACAUAGUUUUUAGUGCAGCUCCAAAUUUACCAAACAGGCUUUCCUUUACUGCCUAACGUAUUCUGUUGCUUCUUUGCGACUACUGUGCUACGGCUUAAAAACCCGGGACUUUCCCUUAACAGGCAGUUUCCAAUUAUGAAAAUUCAUAUUAGAAUUGUCCAGCAUUGAAUCUAGCUGCGACAUAUUUAAUUUUGUUCACCUCAACCCCAGAGCCAGUUACUAAUUUAAAAAAUUCGAUACCGGUCUAAAAUGGAAGCCAAAAGUGGACGUCAUUACAUGAAGACUUCACAUAUAUGUUCGUAGAUGGCACCUAGAUGUAAAUAACAAUGAACCUAUUGAACGAAAAUGGCAAAGUACAAUUGCGCCACGAUAAACGCUUUCUAAAUUUGUGAAUCAAUGAUUUCCCAUUUUCCUAGUUCCCCUUUAUGUCAUCUUAGAUACGUUGUUUGUGGCCACGAAAAGAGCGUCUGUGACGGGAUGAGUAGCUAUGAUCAGUAUAUCUACGCCCAGCCGAACCCUACAUUUUAGUGUACCCUAAACCCUGUAUCUAACCUAAGUUUUUGUCUAAGGUUAUUGAAAAACUUGCAGCCAUGCGCCUGACGGAUUAUUUGUGUGAUAAUGAUCUGAAUGAAAGUCUCCAGUCUGCUUAUAAGAAACACCACAGUCGUGAGACAGCGCUUCUACGUGUUCAAAAUUUGAUAUACUGAAAUCAAUUGAUAAUAAACAAUGCGUCGUUCUCUUGCUGCUGGACCUAUCAGCAGUGUUUGACACCGUCAAUCAUAAGAUCUUGUUACACAGACUGCGAUCCAGGUUUGUUGUAAAUAAAUUUAAAUCUAAAUUGAAGACCUUUCUUUUUAAGCGAGUUUACGAACUAUCUUAGGUUUUUAUUUUGCAUUUUUGUGACUAUGUAAGGAUUAUAUGGAUAUCCUGACCUUUUUAAAGCAUUGUAAAGCGCUUAGCACUGAAAAGUAUAGGCACUUUACCCUCCCCUUCGAGUGGGAGGCUAGUGCCCGUAUUACACAACUGGUUUACAGUAUCCCUUCUCUUAUUUUUUGGCCACGCUCGUGUAGUGUCACGUGAAGUUUUGUAGCACAUUCUAUCGCACUGGUGUGACCGUAAAUGAGAUCACUGUAGCCAUCAGGAAGUUUAUCGAAUACGUAGCUAACAGUUGGUAUUGUAAGUUAUUUGACUGUCUCUCGGGCUUUGUCGAAUCAAAACUUCCGUAAAGAUGUCUAUUGGUUUUACGAUACAUUUUUUGUUGAAAAGGUAAAUUGCGAGGACUGAAACAAUCUGAAUGGCCUGUCGAAUCGCGAAGAUGUUGUCCAUGACUCUAUUUUCUUAACCUUCAAGCAAAAUAUUUUAAGCCUAAAAAAGUGAAAGCAAGAAAUUUUCCGGGGAGGUACCCAAGCUUGCAUGUGACAUUUUUAAAUGUCAAAAAGGUGACUAGAUACAGUUUUUCGGAGACCAUACCGAUACUUUUCAAUCGCCUCAAAAGUGAUUGUAUGCUUAUCCGAUCGCUGUAAAAUUUUCACCGCCUGACUUUGGAUUGAAGUUUGUCAAAAUCUACAAGUAACAUCGAUAUCACUUGAAAUUGAUGAAAGCCGAAUUUUUGCUCGAUCUAGGCCUGCUACUGGAAAUUCGACAAGAGGAAGUGUGAUGUUUAGCAAAUAACCUGCGUAAGAAAAAAAAACUGUGAUUGAAUUAAAAAAAAAUAGCCGUGAUUACUCAAAUUAAUCUUAAGUAACAUCAGAAUGCUGCUUAAUAUUAUAAUGCGAUGGUAGGAAAUUUUGGUCUUUUUUCUUUCUUUUUUGUCUCCACCUGUCCAAGUGCAACUUUACUCUAAAUUUUGAUUUUUAGCGUUUUUCUGUAUAUCUUUGGAACUGCUCGACAGAAUUCUUUUUAAACCUCAUCACAUAAUCUUCAUGAUGUAUAAAAUGCCUGAAACUUUCAUAACGAUUGAUUAAUACUGAAAUAUACUAGUCGUGGAGGUAUGUAUGCUGCACAUUAAUUUGGAAUCAUUGCAUAAUCAAACUACCUACCUUGAUUGGUGUCGCACCUUUGCGUCUGUUGCGCUUAACUUAGAGACCCUUGAAAACCCGGGACUUUCACUAACAGUUCAGUUUCAAACUAUCAAAAUUCAAACUUGACUUUGAGGCUGCGGGAGUAUAAUAAAAGAACUAAAUUAUUCAUCCUUAAAUCUCAAUGUCUUAUGCGAUUUUUCCUUUUUUUUCCUCGUAGCUUUUGAACCAUGCCUAUAUUAGGGAAACCAGAAGUCAACGCGACACCAUAGAGACUUCCCAUAAAUGGCACCGACAUGCAAAUAAUAAUCAAUUAUUAAACUAGUUUGGGCAAAAUAUUGUUUGUUUAACCUGAUCUGCGGAAAUUUCUAGACCUCUAACUUGAAUGUUGUGUUUUCCAGCAGUAAGAUCAAGGUCCACACCGCCAAGAAAACCAACGUUUGUCCCGAAAAGAAUCAACCACCUGCAUAAACGGUACACAAAACGAUACGUGAAUAAAAUUACAGAAUACAAAGAUAAACUUAAAAGAUAUAAAAAAAACCUUCCGACAGAGUAAAUGAAAUUUGUGCCUUCCCGGUGCAUUAUGUUAUGAAAACUGCGAAGAGAAAGCGAAGCUAUAUCCAAUUCAGUUGACAGCAAACUCAGUUGAAGCGAGCAAUAUUUUAAAGUAUCCACUAUUAAUGUAUUAGAGAGAAAAAUUAUCUAAAAUAUUUCUUCGGUGAAGAAUCUGCCUGUACUCAAGAAUCGCAACGAACGAAAUCUUGGACCUGUCCUGUCCCUGGUUCUCAACAAGAAACCUUUUUUGCUUUUCAAGAGGGAAGGGAGAACUAAACAACUCACUUGCAAAUAAAUAUCCUUUGUUGUUGUACGCGAAUUGACAUUAUUUAAACGGAAGCUUCGCUUUUAGGCUUGGCUGAAUCUGUAUAUAUUAAUUUAAAAAGCCAGUUUUCAUAUCACACUCAUAUCAUAGUAAACCACCCUGACUUAUCCUGGUCGAAACUGAGUCAGUUUACUGAUACAGAUUCCUACAUGUACACUUGCGUUAACCUCUCUUCUACAAACGUUUUUAUUGUUUUUGCCAGCCACUAUUUUAAUUACUUUCAAGAUAAUUAAAGAAAUAACAAAUAACGUUUUCUAACCCUAUUCCCAUCACCUUAUCCAUAAUUAUUUGCUUUUACACAUUUAAAGGGAAAUAACCCUUAACGAAACAAACAAUGAAGCUCCUCUUCAAGCAAUAAUGCAGUGUUGGCUUUUUAUGUCAGAAAAACUAUAUAUCCCGUCCCUACACUAAUCAAUACAAAUGCGUACACUGGCACUGGUUUUACAUUUCAGAAUAGACGAAUCUGCAAAGUCGUUUACAAACAUUUCUCUUUGUCAUUCAUCUUUUCUAGUUUAUAUUUUCCAGGUUACUCAAGAAAUAACAUAUUCGCUCUCAGAAAUAGACAUCUUAAACAAAAUAUCCCUUAACAAAACGAAGAAGGGAGCUCUCCUUUAAGCACAAUGCAGUUUUUGCCUUUUUAUGUGAGAGAAAAUACAUAUCCCUUUCUUUAACUAUAUUCAUUAAGACCUCAAGUCUCACCUUCGCCGGGCGUUUGUCAGUCACGUCUGGCGUGCUAUCAGAUUUUCAAAGGCGGUUAUGCUCUGGGAGAUAAAAUCAAGAGGUCCCUCGUUACGAAUGGACGGCAAGCUAUUUCGUUGACACUUUUUUACCAGGGAAAUUAGACUCGUAUACCGCCACUGUAAAGGAAAGCUACAUAAAUAUAACGGAAACUAAAGACAAUAAAUGUCGCUCGCUGCCGCUCAACCUGCGAAGCGGAACUCAUGUAUAAGAUCUUGGUGAAUGCAAGAAAGACAAAACCAUCUUGCUCCCAUAAUAGUAUAUCAAAUACAGGUAACAUGGAAAGGGAUUUCCGUACAUUGCUGCUGACUUACAUGUAUACCAAUCUGUCAGAGGAGACCAAAGUUCUUAGCAACAAAAUCGCCCUUGCUCAUGAAAAGAAUCAAUCAAAGGAAAAAAAGUAAACAAAGUGAAGCAUGAAUAAAAUUUAAACAGAGGGAAAAAACCCGUCAAUUUUUGUUGCUCAACCUGUAAAAUGGAUGAACUUGAAAGAUUCAAAACUUUCAGUGAGAAUAAAUAAGCUUUUUCUGUACCUUCCCGACACUUAUGUUAGUUCAUGUUAAAAAUAUCGCUAUGAAAAAACAAGGUUAUAUAUAACUUUGUGGACACAAAACUAAAUAGUUUGAAUUAAGCUCGCAAUGCUUUAAAGUAACCACCCUCCUUGCAAUCAAGGGAAAGUUCUCAAAAUCAAAAUCUCUGCCAAUAUUUAGGAAUCGCAACGAAAAAAUCUUUAUUUUGUCCUGCCCCUGAUCAUCAACAAGAAAUCAUUUCGCUUUCCAAAUCUCACAAAUCUCACUUCCAAUUUCCUAGUUGAAUGACAUGUCAAGAACGGAAACUUAAUAUUCAUCGAAUCUUAAACUAGGAAGUAUAAAUGCCCAGAUCAACGUACUCACCAAAAAUGUUUCUCACCAGAAGUACAAAAAGGAAACUGAAAAUUGAAAAGUCUGGGACCGUCUCUACAUUCUAAGAAGUAAAGCCUCGCAUGAUAAUGAAACAAAAACCACAGCCCUUAAUAUAACAUGCAUGACGCGUCGCGAGGCAGCGGGCAUACUAAUGAAUUGUUUUAUAUUGUUUGUAGGCGGUGUGCGUCACGACCCACAAAGGUUCGUGGGUAAAACUGUUUAUGUGCCUCAUUUCAAUCGUGACACGGUCGAGUUCGCAUCUCGUGAGAGAGAUGAAUCAAAACCCGGGAUCAAAACACUGCUUCCUUUUCUGAAAAACAUUACGGAGGAGAGCGAUCUGGAGAAUUUUCAGGAUCUCAUACUGGCCUUAGAUGCUUGCUAUUGGUUUCACAAA